GCGAUAUGCUGGCAGAAUCCAAGGCUGGAGUCCUGACUGUACUUCGAAUGUCCAUACAAAUUGUUUGACCCAACAGACUUGAAUUGAACGUUUUCUAUUGCCCGACUUUCAAUUCGAAUCUCCAGGACACCUGUUUCACUCUAGACCUCAAGCAUUUCCACGCUUCCCAUACAAUAUUACACGGCAGACGCAAUAUCCUUUGGCAACACCUUGAACCUUGCGCGCUUUGUAAAUAGCUAUGCGUUAACUGCUAUCUUCGCCCCAUUCAUUGACUGAGUUCUGAGUAUUGUAUGCCGUGGCUCUUCUUGUACGAUCCGAGUCAAAGUUGUCGCUCGGCACCUGUCGAAACAAUCCCAAUUAAGAGGACGAAAGUACAGCAUCAGCACAGAAUCGAAACACGAUCGGCUUAGAGAGAUUGUAACACCUGCAGCCCGCAUUUAAAACUUGUUUUUCAAGUGCGCCAUCUGCCAAUAAUCCCCGCGGAGUAUAUUUGAGCAACGGGUCCAAGUGAGCGGGCAGUGGCGUGAGAUUCUGUCCAAGAGGCUCCACGUUGUAAUUCUUUUCGUGGAUUCACAAUCUGCGAGCAUUAUAUGAGACUGAUAAGAUAUUCUGGAAACUUUCUUUUGCCUUCAAUCCAUGAACAUGUCCAUCUCGAGUGCUAGAACAUCAUUGUCUUCCCAGGAAUUGACCGGCAAAGCAAAGUUGACGGACGUUACCAAAAUUGUAGAAAGCCUCAAGGAAGAUUUAGAGAAAAUCAGCCUUCUGCCGCAUCAACGAGAUGCUCUCCUGGAGCAGCUGAAGGUGUAUGGUCGUGACCCUACCAAUGCAGACCCAAUCUUCACCAAAGAGGGAAUUGAGACUCUUUCGAAGCAUGCCUUCAAUAGCCCUUCCAAAACUACUUCUCGAAAUGCGCUUCGAUGCCUCGCAAACGCCCUCCUCCUGAAGCCAGAUACACGACAGAUAUUGGUUGGCUCGGGCUAUGAUGAAAGGGCUUGCGCUCUACUCAAAGACAGAAUUGCAUCCGUUGAUGAUGAAUUUUUGUUGUCGAGAAUUAUCUUUCUUACAACUUACGGUACCACGAUCAACAUUGAGAAUCUCAUCGAUCAGUGUCAUCUGGCAGACACCAUCUCACACAAUAUUGCCAACCAUGAUAAGCUUCACAGUGCGAAGCAGAAGAAAACCAGACAAUUAGACCCGAUGGAGGAUAUGGCCCUUGGUGAAUCGCUCAAGCUUCUUUUCAAUAUCACACAUUUCUGUCCACAACGAAACUCUAGUUUUUCCCAAGCACUUCCUCAUAUUUUAUCUAUUCUUCAUAAAAUAGAGACGAUUCCGAACGCACCUCUAGACCCCCCUGUCGCGCAGCUCGUCAACACUCUUAUCAAUAUACCUCUUGAAGACCCUGAGAAUAUUAAAGUGCUAUUUCCUACAGGAAGCCCGAACCUGAAUGUCGAAAAGUUUCUUAACCUCCUCGAUCAUUCCAUCAACAAGUACAAAGACGAAGAACUUGAGCAGCUUGUCUCACCGCUACUCACGCUCAUCCGUAAAGCGAACGAGAUCGGUCCCUCAGAAGUUCACCAAUUCAUGCAAAUCCAGUUACUUCCAAGUGAUAAGGACCGUGAACAACCUGUAGGCCGAGGAGAGUCAUUGUCUGCACGCUUGAUUCAAUUAUCCACAAGUCCUAUGGCGCCCCAAGUUCGGGAAUCUAUAUCUGCAUUGCUUUUCGAGCUGUCUGACAAGGACGCUAGCACAUUUGUUCAUAAUCUCGGUUAUGGAUUCGCCUCUGGUUUCUUGUUCCAGCACAAUGUCCCCAUCCCAGAAAAUGCGUUUGAAGCAUGGAGUACAGAAAACGAUAAAGGCAACGGUAAGGCAAGGCCCAGCCAAGAUAGUGGGAAAGCGGUCAAUCCUAUCACAGGGCAACUUCUCGAAGCUGAAGAGAAGAUUGAUAUGCCAGAGAUGAGCCAGGAGGAGAAAGAGCGGGAAGCCGAAAGAUUAUUUGUAUUGUUUGAUCGAUUGAAGAAGAACGGGAUUAUUACUGCGGCAAAUCCUAUGGAGGAAGCAUUGCAUCAAGGGAGGUUUGAAGAAUUGGAGGAUGAUGCAGAUUCUGAUUGAGAAAGAACGGUAAGAUUUGCGAGAUGACACUAGGAGAUUGCCGGCAACUCUUACUUCACAUGUAAAUCUAUCUCUUUGAUGAAUGAUGUGAAAAGUCUUCCAAAGUCGAUAUUUUCCUCUUUCUUUUUGGCCUUGGAGGGAUCUAUCAAUCUUGUACUUGGUUAUGCAGCUUCACUGCAAAAUAUCAUAGCCGAUAUGCAAAGACUAUUGCGGCCAUUGAGCCCGGCCAAUCAGGUCCGGAGUUAGUGAAUCUGGUCUUCACAAUCCAUCAUCAGAUGGAUUCACUCUGCAGUGUAACUAUACUCAAUACACGACGAUAUCUCAUAGUCCGGACUACAUCCCAAUAAUUGAAACCCUUAAUACUUUCACUAUCUUCCAAAUACUUUCAGAGGUUGGCUUUUUUCCCCCAUAAUACUAAUA